AUGCUCGAAGGAGGCCAUGCGGCUCGCAUUGUGCGAAGGGGCGGGAUUGCAGAUGGAAUGGAUCUCACUGGAGAGGGGCAAGAAGUCGAAGAGGAAGAGGAUUUGACGUGGGGAGGAAGGAUUAAAAAUCGAAUUCGCAUUGCUCUCCCUCAUAUCCUCCUCAUCUCAGCCACAACUCUUUACAUCACUGGUGGCGCGUGGGCUUUUCAAAUCAUCGAAAUCCCGCAUGAAGUUCGACGAAGGAAUUUUCAUCUCAAUGAGAUUUUGAGAGCUCAGGAAGCCCUUCUAUCUGUGGAUCCGGAAAUCGACCCGGAAAAUGUGACUUUAUUGAGAAGAAUCGAUCAUCUCACCUAUGUGACGAUGAGAGCCUAUGAAAAAGGGAUUAAGGUAUGUAUU